AUGUCCGAGACCGCCCACCCUUACCCAGGACUGAUGCCUAAUCUUGACGACUUCCUGCAGAACCAUCUGACUCGUGUGGAUCCACCCGAAGACGAAGCAAAUUGUCCAAUUUGCAAGGAUGAUUGGAAUGCGGAGGGCUACGGAGAGGUAGUACAGACGCGCUGUCUACACACAUUCCACGAGUGUUGUCUCCUUUGCUGGCUCCAUGUCGGCCCCACCGAACCAGCUCGGCAUAUUGCUGAGUCGAUAAUACAUGCCCGUAUUGUCGCCAAGUUCUGGGAUGCAGAUCGGAUUAUUCGGUUCUACGUAUUUCAAGCCGUGAAUGAGAUUGGCUUGGUACGCUCGUCCGAGCAGGACCGAUACCUGAAUGCGAUUCAGCCAGUCAUUCAUCAUGUGCUUGAACGCUGGCAUGAUGCGAACCCCACGCACCCGUGGGCCGCACUGCAGUGCGCCAACUGCGAUGUAAGUGAUGAGGGCAUCGCAGUCCAAGCUAUCACGCAUAUGAUGAACCUUAGCCACGUGGGGCGAUCAGACUUCGAGAUCCCUACCCAACUACUCUACAAUGGGCGGGACUGUGCAUAUACUAUGAAUUUAGUCCAGUACAACCAGCUCUCUCAUGAGCGGUAUCGGCUCUACCGGGCAAGCGUCGACCGCUUUACAGACGAUGAGCGCACUCUCUUCGGCCUUGUGCCCACUGGGUUCAACAUCUACAUCAACGCCUUGUUCAUCUCGCGACCCACGCCUCCAGUAAACGCAAUACUUGUGCAGUUGAAUCCUGAGAACGAAGUUGUUAAUUUUGCACGCCAGUGUGCACAAGGGCAAUUGGCGUUCCAGCACGCUUUGGUGUUACUCGAAGACGCUCGCAUGUAUUCGGAUGAAGAGAGCGACUACCAUAUUCACAUUCGGGAGGAAUUUCCUGGAGGCUUAGUGGAUUUCACUGUAGCGCAGUGUGAUCAUACGGACUCGAUCGCCUUUCUCAGCGAAAAUGGGUCUUCUGGCCGGAUCGUGUUCCAGUACAAGGAGGGUUUCGCGCCAGACGAUCUUUUCGAUCCUCCGAAGUUCAGUGUUCGCGGUUAG